CGCUCCACCAUCGUCGCGCUCUACCACCACCGCGGCCCAUAACCACCGUGCAGCGCCACCACCACGACGCCCAAUGCAUGUGAUGUGACAUUUGCGGGAUUCCAUUCAGUCUCAGUUAAAGACAAGGUUAGGUGUGAUUCUUCAUCUCCACAACCAGGAAAUCCCAAUGUAACUAAGAAAGAGGAAGAAGGUUGACAACAAGGAAUUUCAGAAGCUGGCUAUGAAUUAAUUGAUGGAAUAUAAUCAUAUGAGUUUUUGGGGGGCCCACCUAUGAAAGUUGAAUCGGAUGAAGAAGCAAAUGAACUUCUCCCGAACAUUGAAAAGGAGUCUGCCGUAUUGAUUUAAAUUUUUUCUUCACGAUGGAUCACUCUCAAGUUGUAACUAUUGAAGACAUUGACAUCAGUGGAAGUUUUGUAUGUGUAGAUGAUAUUGUUGAUUUGGAAAAAGUCACAGAUGGAUUUAGAGAAGACGAUCAUAGUGAAAUCAUGGCAAACAAAGAUGGUGAAUGCGAGGAAGAUCAUGCACAUGAAAUUGUGGGACAUGUUGAUAUUGAAUUAAGCGAGACCCUUAUUUUAACUAGAGUUUUUGGGACGUCAGAAGAAGCUUAUGCUUUUUAUGAUGCUUAUGCAAAAGUUAAGGGGUUCAGAAUACGUAAGCAAUACCAUAACAAGAGUACAAUUACAAAACAACCAUAUAGGUGGAAUUAUGUGUGCUCGAAUCAAGGUGUCAAGAGACUAUGUGAUAAAAGAAUUAAUGUUGACAAAGUCAAAAGGCGAACGGAUACAAGGACUAAUUGUUUAGCAAUGUUACAAAUAAAGUUGGUGGAUGGCCUAUGGAAAGUGGAGAAAUUCAAUGAUACACACAAUCAUCCAUUGAUUAACACUCCAACAAAGGUGAAGAAGUUUCUUUCUGAGAAUGAAUUGAGAUGCUCGGAUUCAACUAAAUCUGUUGUUUCUAAGCUUUUUCAAGAGGGUUUAACAUCUUCAACAAUCUCAAAGGUUGUGAGCGCUAUGAACAAAGAGGUUAAUCUUACUCCCGUUCAAAUCAACAGUAUUAUAUCUAGCCAGCGAAAGAAUAAUGUGGGGCGAGAAUGUCAGUGUAUCAUCAAACACUUUCAAAGGAUGUCCAUGGUUGAUGGAGCUUUUUAUUUUGAUAUGCAUUUGGCAGAAGAUGGAACAUUAAGAAGCAUAUUUUGGGCAGAUGGUAGGUCAAGAGCUGCAUAUGCUCAUUUUGGUGAAGUCCUUGUCUUUGAUGUGACUUACAAAACAAACAAGUUCAAGUUUCCUUUUGCUCCUUUUGUGGGGGUUAAUCACCAUGGGCAGACCAUCUUAUUUGCUGCCGCUUUGUUAGAAGAUGAAACGGAGGCAACAUUUACAUGGUUGUUUGAACAAUUUCGGACAUGUAUGUUUGACAAGUCUCCUGUUGCUAUUAUCACUGAUCAAGAUAAAGCUAUGGGAAAAGCAAUUGCCAAGGUAUUUCCAAGAGCACGACAUCGUUUUUGCGCUUGGCAUAUAAAGAAACAUGUUAUGGAGCACAGUCAAGCUCUACGCGCACAAUUUAAAGAUAGCUUUGAUGUUGACUUCCGUGUGUGGUAUAAAAGUCGAAACAUUGACGAGUUUGAAGGCAAAUGGGAAGUAUUGAGGACUAAAUAUGUUAUUAAAGCAGAUAGUUGGCUAGCUAACAUGUAUUCUUCACGUCAUCAUUGGGCAAAGGCAUACUUGAAAGAUACAUUUUUUGCCGGAAUGACCACAAGUGGCCGAAGUGAGAGCAUCAAUGCAUUUUUUGAUGGAUAUGUCAACUCUAACACAAUGUUAAAUGAUUUUGUUAUCCAGUAUGACAAAGCAAUCAAAUCUAGGAGGGAUGCGGAAGAAGAUGAGGAUUUCAAAACUAGAAAUACAAAAGCAGUUUUGGAGACUAAUCAUCCUAUUGAAGCAAUAGCUGGAGAACGGUAUACAAGAAAAUUAUUUGAAAUUUUCAAAAAGGAGUGGAAGGCUGCCAUACUUGAUUUUUUUCAUGAAAAGAUUGCAACAAAGGAAAACCUUAUCACAUAUCGGGUGGGGUCUCCUAAAGUUGAUAAAGAAUGGUGGGCAAUUGUAGAGUACCAUUUGACAGAAAGCUUCACAGCUCAAUGUUCGUGUGCAAAGUUUGAGACUAUGGGGAUUUUGUGUAAACAUAUUCUAUACAUUAUGAAGAAGAAACAAAUAAUGACCCUUCCUGAAAAAUACAUCUUGUCUAGAUGGACCAUGAAUGCAAUCUAUAAGGCUGAAAAUCUUGUACCCGUUCACGAUGAAACAAAUCCUAAUGGAAUUAGUGCAUUGUCUUUGUGGUCGAUUCAUUCGAAGUGCACUAUGGCUAUUUCUGAAGCAAGAGAUUCUAUUUUUGAGAUUAAAAGAUUUGAUGCUAUGGUUGCUGAAUUUCUACAACAACAGUUGGAAAGAAAAAGAAAAAGAGGUGAAGAUGAACUAAUUACCCAAACAAUUCCACAAGCUUCACUCAUUAAUAAUGUGCGUGAUCUCACUCAACCAGUCAAAAUUGAAGGGUUUCCAGAUUCUAGGACUUUAGCCACCCUAAAGUGUAAGAUGGCACAAGUGAGGAACAAACAAGUGAUUCUAGUUGACUAUGUUACAGGUUUUCCUCAGGAAACAGACAUGAACAUUGUUGAAAGUACCAUAAUUUUGAAGGUUCCAGAAGGUUCCAAUGAAGUGCUGCUCAAGAAUCUUUACUUGUCAUGUGACCCUUACAUGAGAAUCCUCAUGACCAAGGAAGGUCAUGGGGGUCUUCAUGCUUACACCCCUGGCUCUCCAUUAGCAGGACUUGGGGUGGCUAAAGUCCUAGAAUCUGGACACCCUGAUUAUAAGAAAGGUGAUUUAGUAUGGGGUUCUACUAAAUGGGAAGAGUAUAGCUUGGUCCCCUCAACUCAAAUACUUUUCAAAAUUGAGCACACUGAUGUCCCACUUUCCUACUAUACUGGAAUUCUUGGUAUGCCAGGCAUGACAGCUUAUGCUGGAUUCUUUGAAGUAGGAUCUCCCAAGAAAGGAGAGAAUGUUUUUGUUUCAGCUGCCUCUGGUGCUGUUGGUCAACUUGUUGGUCAAUUCGCUAAAUUGACUGGUUGUUAUGUUGUUGGAAGUGCCAGAAGUAAAGAGAUGGUGGAUCUGUUGAAGAACAAAUUAGGAUUUGAUGAAGCUUUUGACUACAAAGAAGAGCCAGACCUCAAUGCAGCUUUGAAAAGGUACUUUCCAGAAGGCAUUGACAUUUACUUUGACAAUGUUGGGGGCAAGACACUUGAUGCUGUACUAUUGAAUAUGAGAGUCCAUGGACGCAUACCUAUCUGUGGAAUGGUGUCACAGGAUAAUCUUACUCAAUUUGAAGGUGUAACAAAUUUGACAAAUCUUAUAUAUAAGCGGGUUCUUAUGCAAGGUUUUCAUGUUUUUGAUUUCUUUCACCUAUAUCCCAAAUUCUUGGAGUUCCUUCUGCCUCGUAUAAGAGAAGAGAAGGUUGUGUAUGUUGAAGACAUAGCUAAGGGCCUUGAAAAUGGCCCUGCAGCUUUGGUUGGCCUCUAUAGUGGUCGCAAUGUUGGUAAACAAGUGCUUGUUGUUGCUCAUGAAUGAAUGCAGAUGCUUGUGUUAUACAUUGUUGUAUUCUAAGUUCUUGUUUUGAAUAUUGAGCACUAUAUAUGUGUGUGGCCUUUGCAAUUGA